UUAAUCCACCCUGGCUUGCUGACAUGUGAGGUACACAGCCCUAAAAACACACUAUUAUCUCUCACUUCUCACUCUCACCUACCCAGAACACACUCUCACUCUCACUCUCACUUACACCUAAACAUACAAACCCCAAACCCUCACACCAUCGGCGGCAGAAAACCCGUCGGCGUCAGAAGGCUUUCGUCGGCGGCGACCUCUCAGCUCUCUCACUGUCUUAAGAGACUGAAACGACGUCGUUGUGAUCUGUUUCGCGUAUCGAUGAUGGUCGGGGGAGUGGAAUCGUGGUCUCCGUCGCCGUCGCCUUUAAGGGAGAGGGGAAGGGAAAGCGGUGGUUGUUGGAGGAGCGAUGGUAAUAGACUUUCCGUUGGAUGACAGUGGUGCGACGGCGUUUUCGUCCUCCUCUUCUUCUUCGCCCUUUCUCCACCCAAAUUGCCUCGCAGGCUUCGUCGGAGACUCUCGGAGUCUAAGUCCCCGCAGAACUGUACUGUCGAAGAUAUCGAAGCGAAGCUCCGCCACGCCGAUCUUCGCCGCCAGCAAUGCGAUGGGAAAUUGUCAAACAAGGCUCGAGCAAAGCCCAGAAGCCCAUCACGGUCCUCAUCUAAUGAGGAAGAUCUUGGUUAGCGCCUUGAAGCGAAGCUCCAAGCUGCUGAGCAGAAGAGUAAUCCAUUAUGGGCAGCAAGUUGGUGCCGAGUUCAGUACAACAAAGUGAGCUGAGCGUGUUAACCAUGUCCAACCUCGACAUCAUGAACCACAUUUACGCAACCCAUGUUCAUGGUGACGAAAAGUUUGAUGUUGAGUCUCUUUUCGUUCUCGUCGAAAACAUCCUUAAGCGUGCCACCCUAAUUGUUGACCAUGUUGCACUGGUACACUACCAUAAUUCUUUAUUAGAAUAAGAUGCUCUCUCUCUCUCUCUCUUGUUUAUUUUCUUUUUCCUAAAACGGAAUUUUAACUUGGACUGAAGCAUUCCAUAGUUUGGAAUACACUAUAGUGAGGUAGGGUAGCCAUUACUUUUACCAAAGAAAUUGAAAAACCACUUCAGCCUUAACGAAGUGGAAUAAGCACACAAGGUUGCUUUACAUUUUUGUUUCUUUAAA